UUACUGUGGGAAAGAGAGUAGUCUACUAUAGCCUAGAGCUAGGAAUUUGAAUUUUGGUAACGUCUGACCAUUUCAGGAUGGCAAUGGUACUCAACCCAGGCCUGGCUCUCCUACCAGGUUGCUCCAGCACCAUGUCACAAAGCGGUCUGCUCUGCCUGAAAGGAAACAGCAGAGUCCCUUGUGGUGCUCUUGUGCUACUGACCACCUGCUCAGACACACAAUCCCUCAGUCGCACAACUUGUGGUCUGUCUCAGGAAACAUACUAAAGGUGACCAUGACGGAAGCAGAACUGUUGUCUCAGGAGAAGAAGAAGAAGAAGAAGAAGAACAAGAGACACCAACUAGGGGCGGCGCCAGAGCCCAGCAGUCCUCAUGAGACAACCACUGGAGUGGACUCAGAGCCCAGCAUUCCUCAUGAGACAACCACUGGAGUGGACUCAGAGCCCAGCAGUCCUCAUGAGACAACCACUGGAGUGGACUCAGAGCCCAGCAGUCCUCAUGAGACAACCACUGGAGUGGACUCUGUCAAGACACAUACACACAAGAAGAAGAAGAAGAAGAAAUCAAAGAGAGCUGAUGAGGAUACACCAGCUGAGGUUCCGUGUGGAGUUAGUGACAGAAAAAAGAAAAGAAAACAUGAAGCAGUGACACCAGUGAUGACGGAAGAGUCUACAGAUGUUGCUCUUCCCCAGGAGGGAGAAGUGAGGAAAAAGAAGAGGAGGAGGACUGAAGAGGCAGUCUCCGCUGGAGAGAACACCGGGCGCGGGACGUGUCACUUUCCUCGGUGCAAAUGGACAGUGGGGCAGUCCAACAGAAGCCGCCAAGAGCAAGUCCGAGAAGACCAGAAAGACUGCAGACAGACAAGCCAGCGCGGACACACAGCCUGCAGAAAACACACACAUGCACACACACACACCGCCUCACACGGAUGA